AUGAGGAAUGGCCUUGAGUGAAGAUUGAUCUUCGUUAAAAUGGUUGCCACCGGCGUCAUUAUGACUAUCAAAGUUAUCGCUAAGAAGCUCAGCCGCCCAGCUCAGGCCGUGCGGAGCAGCAGCCAGGCCGGUCGGCGCCUCUCUGCGCCUGGACUCAGCGUCGGGAAUAGCCGGGGCCACAGAAAGCUGAGAUGAUGGAAAGAAUAAGAAAAGAGAUGAUCCUGAUGGAGAGAGGGCUGCACAGCCCCACGGCCGGCAAGAGAUUCUCCAAUUUGUCCGACUCUACUGGCAGUGCUGUGCUUGAGGCCCUGGAAAAUUCGCAGCACCCGGCUCGUCUCAGCCCGCGCUUGCCGUCUGCCCCCCUGCACGGCACUCUGGGAGACCUCCCCACCAAGGGCAAAUUCGAAAUAGACACUCUCUUCAACCUGCAGCACCCGGGCAGCGAAAGCACCGUCUCCUCCGAAAUCGCCUCUGUCGCCGCUGACAGCCGCAGCAAGAAGCCGAGCCAUUAUUCGGAGGCGGCCGCCGAGGCCGACAUGAGCAGCGACGUGGAGGUGGGUUGCUCAGCGCUGCGCUCCCCCGGUGGCCUCGGCGCCGCUCCGCUGAAGGAAAACAAUGGCAAAGGCUACUCGGAGAGUGGCGCGACAGCUGGCACCACGACGUCGGCGUCCAGCUCGGGCCUGGGCAGCCUUCAUGGAGGCGGCGGCGGCAGCGGCGGGGGCGCGGCGCUGGGGGGCUCCGGCUCCGGUGCGGAUCAGGUGCGGCGCUACCGCACGGCGUUCACUCGCGAGCAGAUCGCGCGCCUGGAGAAGGAGUUCUACCGGGAGAACUACGUGUCACGGCCCCGCCGGUGCGAGCUGGCCGCGGCGCUCAACCUGCCCGAAACCACCAUCAAGGUGUGGUUCCAGAAUCGGCGCAUGAAGGACAAGCGGCAGCGCCUGGCCAUGUCGUGGCCGCACCCGGCGGACCCCAGCUUCUACACCUACAUGAUGACGCACGCGGCCGCCACCGGAAGCCUGCCCUACCCCUUCCACUCUCACGUGCCGCUGCACUACUACCCGCACGUGGGCGUCACGGCCGCCGCGGCCGCGGCCGCCGCCUCCGGAGCCGCGGCCGCCGCCUCGUCGCCCUUCGCCACCUCCAUCCGUCCGCUGGACACCUUCCGCGCCCUCUCGCACCCUUACUCGCGGCCGGAGCUGCUGUGCAGUUUCCGCCACCCGGGUCUCUACCAGGCCCCGGCGGCGGCCGCGGGGCUCAACAGCGCGGCCUCGGCUGCGGCGGCCGCGGCUGCGGCGGCGGCGGCGGCCUCCUCGGCGGCCGCGGCCGGGGCGCCCCCCAGCGGCGGUUCCGCGCCCUGCUCGUGCCUCAGUUGCCACAGCAGUCAGUCGGCCGCCGCCGCCGCCGCCGCCGCCGCAGCAGCCCUGGGCUCCCGGGGUGGCGGCGGCGGCGGCGGGGCUGGGGGCGGCGGCGGCGGCGGCGGCUCGGGGGCCGCGGGGGCCUCGGACUUCGGCUGCAGCGCCGCGGCGCCGCGCUCCGAGAGCGGCUUCCUACCCUACUCGGCCGCCGUGCUGAGCAAGACGGCCGUGAGCCCACCGGACCAGAGGGACGAGGCGCCGCUCACCAGAUAACUACGUCGCUGCCGCCAGGGGCCGCGCCUGGUGCUCUGCGGGGACACGAGCGUCCCCCCCGGACGCCCCCUGGGCCCUGGGGGCGCUGCCCGCUGCGACCGCUGCCGCCAGGGGGCGCCCCGGGGCGCGGGAGGCCGAAAGGAUCCUGCCCCAAGUCGGGGGGCAGGAGCGAGGAGGGAGGGAAGAACCGGCACGGAGGGCUGGCGGGCGUCCCCCCUCAAAUUAUGUCUAUUUUUGU